AUGUCUCCCAUUAAGGUAACCGAAGAGGGGACUGAAGCGGCUGCAGCGACAGGAGUUAUGGUGGUAAAUGAAGAGGGUACAAAGGCAGCAGCAGCAACUGGAAUUAAGAUGAUGAAACGUGCCAAGAUAAACGAAGAGGGCACUAAAGCUGCAGCAGCAACAGGAAUGAUGAUGAUGACACGUGCCAUGGUGAUCAACCCUCGCUUUGUGGCAGAUCGACCAUUCAUCUAUGGGAUCUUCCGGAAAAACGAGCCCAUUUUCAUUGGGCAGUACUGCUGA